UCGACAGCAGGGCGUGCGUGGUCUGUAUGUGGGUGUGUUGCCGCGCAUGUUGCGUGUGGUGCCCGCUUGUGCCAUUAUGAUAUCCGCCUUUGAGUAUAGCAAAUCCUUUUUUUUCCAUCACAAUCUGGACCUGCAAGAGGCCUCCUAUCGACGAGCCCACUGACAUCAACCAAUUGCGCCAAAGCAUCAUCAUGUCCGAGACGUCGAAGGCACGCACACGAACAGCAAUGGCAGCAGCGGCGGCCAGAAGCUGUGGACUGGUUCCCACUCCUGGCCAACAUACGAUGACAGAUCCCAGAUUUCGCAUACGACCCAUGCAGCAAGUGGUCUCCGCUUGCACUGGUGCCAUGAUAACCGCCUGCUUCAUGACGCCAUUGGAUGUGAUCAAAACACGUUUGCAGGCCCAACAGUCGGCGAUGUUAUCGAACAAAUGUUUCCUCUACUGCAACGGCCUGAUGGAUCACAUUUGCCCCUGUGGCCCAAAUACACCAACGCCAACAGCAGCCUCCCAGAAUGCAUUUAGCAAGCUUUCCGCUCCCGCCUCCUCUUCAUCGCACUUUACUGGCACCAUUGACGCUUUCGUCAAAAUCAGUCGCUCUGAGGGCAUCGCAGCGCUGUGGUCCGGUCUCAGUCCAACACUCAUCUCGGCCCUGCCAUCAACGAUCAUCUACUUCGUGGCCUACGAACAGUUCAAGGCCCGCUUCACAGAUCUACACUACAAGUACCUGGCGCCGAUGCAAAGUCGCGACAUUCCGAUGCUGGUGCCAUUGCUGGCUGGAGUUUCCGCUCGCAUACUCGCUGUCACGUUCGUCAGUCCCAUUGAGAUGAUACGCACCAAGAUGCAGUCACAGAAGAUGACGCAUGCCGAGAUGUUUGGCUCGGUGCGUCAGGUUGUGCAGUCGCAGGGCGUAUUGGGUUUGUGGCGCGGCUUGCCGCCAACCAUUUUGAGGGAUGUGCCAUUCUCGGGCAUUUACUGGACGUGUUACGAGUACCUGAAAAGUAGAUUUAAUGUUGUGGAGCCAACGUUUGGCUUCAGUUUCGUAGCAGGCGCGAUUUCUGGCUCGGUUGCUGCAACAGUUACCACGCCAUUUGACGUGAUCAAAACGCACGAACAGAUCGAGUUUGGUGAGAAAGUCAUAUUUACAGGUAGGCAUGUUGCAAUGCAGCUAACGAGUAGCCACUCUACUACUGAUCCAACUACCACUUCGGUUUGCCUCACGCCAGAUAAUCCCGCCAAGAGUGUGCCCACGAAAUCCGUUGCAGAGCGUUUGUCAAACAUAUAUCGCUUGAAUGGCAUGCGAGGCAUUUUCUCUGGACUUGGACCGCGUCUAUUUAAGGUGGCACCGGCUUGUGCCAUUAUGAUUUCAACGUUCGAAUACAGCAAAUCGUUCUUUUAUCAUUACAAUGUCGAUCAGCAUCAGCAAUCGAUGCUUUUGCUGACAAACAGUAACAACAGCAACAACAACAACUGUACAAGUGCUAAGACGGACUUAGAGUAAGGAGUUAAGAGUACUGUACUGGGUAGAGAUAAAUAUAUAGAUAGAUAGAUGAGCGUGUAAAUAUGUAUAAAAUCAUACCAAAGUUAAGCACUAAAUCACUGAGUUACAAUAAUUUUCGUAGUUUCUUGAAAGCUUUCAAUGCCUUUGUAAAAUUGAUUGAGUGAAAUAAAA